AUGGAUGUUACCAAUGCUUUUCUUCAUGGCGAGUUGGAUGAAGAAAACUAUAUGUCCUUGCCUCCUGGUUUCACGCCUACCUCUGGUGACUCUUUACUACCUAAUGUUGUGUGCAAAUUGCGAAAAUCUGUGUAUGGGCUCCGUCAAGCGUCUCGACAAUGGUAUUUUACCUUUGCCAAUGUCCUUCUUGCUCAUGGUUUUGUUCAGUCUCCCUCUGAUCAUACCAUGUUCGUGAAAAAGUCUGACAACUCUUUUGUGGCGAUGUUGGUGUAUGUCGAUGACAUUGUCAUCGCCAGUAAUGAUCCUUUGGCAGUCGACAAUCUGAAGACUUUAUUACAGAAGAAUUUUCAUAUCAAGGAUCUUGGGGAGCUAAAGUAUUUUUUGGGUUUGGAGGUUGCUCGAUCUAAGCUUGGAAUUGUUGUUAAUCAGCGCAAAUAUUGUCUCGAUUUGAUAGCUGAUUCUGGUUUUUUGGCCUGUAAACCGGUGUCCACACCGCUUGAUCCAGGUGUGAAGCUUUCGAAAGAUUCUGGUGAGUGUUUAUCUGACAUCACUGGCUAUCGCAGGCUCAUUGGACGUUUAUUGUACUUGACCAUUACAAGACCUGACAUUGCUUAUGUUGUUCAUAAGCUUAGUCAGUUCUUGUCCUGUCCCACUGCUACCCACCUUGCUGCUGCUCAGCGGGUUGUUCGUUACUUGAAGUCGAAUCCUGGGCAAGGAUUGUUCUAUUUUGUUGACUCGGCUCUGUGUUUGAAUGUCUUCGCCGAUGCAGACUGGGCAUCCUGUCCCGAUUCACGUCGUUCAACCUCUGGGUUUUGUGUGUUUAUGGGCGAUUCUUUCAUCUCUUGGAAAGCCAAGAAACAGACUACUGUCUCUCGGAGCAGCACCGAAGCCGAGUAUCGCUCUCUUGCUAAUGCCACUUGUGAGUUAAUUUGGCUCCAUAACCUGUUGGCUGAUUUGCAUAUUUCAUUGUCGGGCCCUGCCAAGCUUUUCUUUGAUAACCAGUCCGCAAUUCAUAUUGCGACUAAUCCCGUGUUUCAUGAACGGACUAAACACAUCGAGAUUGAUUGUCAUCUCGUUCGUGACAAAUUAAAAGCUGGUUUCCUAAAGCUUAUGCAUGUUCAUGCUGCCAAUCAAUUUGCUGACAUCUUUACCAAGGCCCUGCAACCUACCAUUUUCUCUAGCUUGCUUUCUCGGUUCAAUGUUUCAAGUCUGUUUCUCCCAAAUCAGACUUGA